GGAACACAUGGAUCGCCAUCGGGGCACGGCCGCGGACACGUACAACCCGGACGAGUUCAAGAAGAUGAUGCGGAAGACCAGCAUGGCCGCCAUCUUGAGCAGCUUCACACUAGCCAAGCAACAGUACACGCAGGCACUGCAUCGCGACCUCUGCAUCCGGACGAUGACCGUCCUGGGUCAUCACACACUAGCCCGCGGGUGCACGAUCCGAAACCUCCAGCUUCCAGACAUGAUGAUGUGGAAGCUCGGCGCAAAAUCCGAGACGGACCCAGUGCGAAACGCGUUCGCUUUUGUCUGCGCGUGCAGGACGGGCAAGACAAACAAGGACUUCUCGCUCAACUACAUCUCGGCAGUGAGACACAUAGAUUGGACUCUGUGCGCGGUCGGAGCCACGCUGCUCUGGCUGCACUGGGUGUACGACUUGGUCCCCAUCCUCUACGGGGACAUAGCCCCCCCUCUCGACUUCACGGAACCCUCGACGUGGUACGACCAGUACCUCUUCUUCCCCCUUCGCGCGGGCACAGAGAAGCAGAUACCGCCCACGACUCAUCACGACUGGGCGGCGAAGAUUCUGGGGGACGCGGGAAUCACAUGCUCGCGUGUGGUUCACGCGACGAGAGCUGGUGGGGCUCGGCACGCGUCCGCGGACGAAAUGCCCUCUGAUCAGCUGGCGAGACUGGGGGGUUGGCGCUUCAUCGACGUGAUGACUAAGCACUACCUCACAACUAUUCCGAGGGAGGCCGUGCUCCUGAAGGCUGGCUUCACAGAGGUUGAUGGUGACUACUUCCUGGGUCGCGCAACUGUUCCGGUGAGUGAGAAGCUGGAGAAGCAAUUGAGGAAGCACAUUUUCCCCUGGGCCGCACCGGACAAAGGACAGAAACAGUGCCAUGAUUACAACCGGAAGAUGGUCAGCGAGGACAAGGCGGAGAAGCAGGACACCGCGGGUCUAAACAUACUGAAGGAGUUGGAUGGGGAGGCUAGGAUGGCGGUCGCGCAAGACCUGGCCAUGUAUUACAUCCACCAGCCGCGACACCCGUACGUGGUCAACAACCCGCUCUGCCAGACGGAGGAAUUUGCGCGGUGGGCAGCAGAUGAGGUCAGUACCAGAAUGGACGCGCAGAACCAGGUGACCGUCCUCACUGAGUACCUAACUCGUUCGCAAGCGGACAACACCAGGCUGGGUGUAGAGUUGGUAGCGACUCAUAAACGGGUGAAAGAGCUGGAGGGUCUAUUGGAAGAACGCGAUCGGGAGCUGGCCGCGAAAGACAAACGCGUGAAUGAUCUGGAGGCCCAGCUGUCGCGUCUCACCGUGAGCAGCUCAGGGCCGACCGCGGAUCCGAGUCCGGCAAACACUCCUAGAGCCGCGGCCGCACCUACCAAUGCCGCAACCCCCACCGACCAGGGAACGCGUAAGAAACCCGCACAGCCGACCAGGGACGAGACAAUUCGGGACGCAAUCAUGAAACCGUGGGUCAACGCGACCAAGCCGUCGGACGGAUGGAAGCUGUACAAGUCCACGCACCCGCUGAUCGGUGAGAGUCCAGAGUCGCCCCUGUCCCAACCCCGCGGUGCAGUUACGCGAAUGGCCGAGCUCAUUGGGAAGGAGGGAGGCGGCCAGAACGCCGCCCAGAACGCGAUAAACCGUGUAAAGCGAGUCAUGGACUUCAUCUCCCGCAGGGUGGAGCAGGGAGACAACAUCGCGGUCGUGCUCGACAAGCUCGACCUCGUGUCUCGAACUGUGGGCAUGUCGGGUGUGUCGGAAGGUAUCGCGGUGAAGAAGAAGAGUGUUGACUUGAACCUGAGCGAGCUGAAAAAAGGUUCUCCGGCGGAGGUGCAGUUGCGGGUGAAAUGGAUGCUGGUACGCGACCGCAUGAUCGAUGCCUCUCUACCCGCGUCAGAGUUUCCGGUCGCGUGGCCUCAGUACUGUGCCCAGAUGCCCCGACUAGCUUAA